AUGCGUUCAUUCGACAUCAAAUCACUCGCCAUCUUGGCCUCCUCUUUGCUGGUCAAAGAAGCAUUCGCAGCUCCAAUUUACGAAACCGAAAUACAUGUUGUCACGGAAGAAAUCACCGUUACCAGGCAAGCUGAUGGUACAUUUGAAACGGGUGCUCCUCAUGCCGUGGGAACUUUCACUCGUCAUGGUCAUGGUCAUGGUUCUGCUUCUUCUUCCUCUGCGGUCUUUGUGCCAUCUACUACUUCCGCAGUACCAAGUGUCGUGGUUGUUCCUACCACUUCUUCUUCGACAAGUCAAGUGAUUCAAUCUACUCCAUCUGUUGAAGUUCCAACUACAUCUAAGAUUGUAGCUUCUAGCUCUGCUAAAGCUUCUUCUUCAUCUUCGACAUCCGUUAUCAAGGUCUCAACUGAAGCAGCAGCAGCUGUCCUCGUACAAAACACCUCUAAAGCUGCCUCUACAACUGCAAAACCUACCACCCUAUCUACCUCAGCCGUAGUUAAAGCAUCCGCUGCCGCUUCCUCUUCAAGUUCUUCCUCGGGAGGAAAACGCGGAGUAGCCUACAACACCGCCGAUUACGUCAAACAAUUCACCGGAUCAUCCAAAGUAGCCUGGGCCUACAAUUGGGGUAGUACCUCAGACGGUCUCUCCACCUCCGGUAUCGAAUAUGUUCCUCUCCUCUGGGGCAUGAAGAGUACAUUCACGAACGCCUGGUCAGCCGCUGCCUCCAGUGCCAUCGCCUCCGGCACCAAACACCUCAUGUCCUUCAACGAACCCGACCUAAGCACGCAAGCCAACCUCGGAUAUGCCGACGCCGCCGCCGGCUACAAAACACACAUGCAACCGUUCGCAGGUAAAGCCAAACUCGGAGCCCCCGCCGUCACAAACGGUCCUUCACCCAUGGGACUCACAUGGUUAAAAUCCUUCCUGUCGGCGUGCACCGAUUGCACCAUCGAUUUCGUCUGCAUCCACUGGUAUGAUUCGGCGACCAAUAUCGAAUACUUUAAGAGUUAUGUUCAGGAUGCCUAUACGGCGGGUGGUAAUCGUCCAUUGUGGAUUACCGAGUUUCAAGCCUCGGGUACCACGGAUCAGCAGAAUGCUUUUAUGGAGGAGGUCUUGCCGUGGUUGGAUGCUUCCCAUAUGGUCGAUAGGUAUGCGUGGUUUAUGGCUGAUAUGGCGGCUGGCGGGUUGAUGGGUUCGGCUUCGUCGCUUAGUUUGUUGGGGAAUACUUUUAAGACUUCUUAG